UGCUCCCCCCGCGGAGGCACGGCUCCCCGGCCUGAUAGGGCGGAGUGGCCGGGGAGCCGCCCUCGAGCCGGCCGGGCGGGGUGGCUGUCGGUGUUCCCGUAGAGGGGGGGUGGAAAGCGGAGUUUAGCGGGCAACAGCCAUGCCGCGCAGCGGGCUUCUUCUGGCGGCGCUCCUCGCCCUCUUGGCCCCCGUCAGAGGAGCUACAGUGAAGCCACCAUCAUCAGAUUUUGAUGACUUUAACUUAGAAGAUGCUUUUGGGCCUAGUUCCAAGCCAGAUCUACCUGCAAAGCCUAAAGACUCUGAUAACCCCAGGCCAGCUACACCUGUAAAGCCUAGAGAAUCUGACAGCUUUGAUGAUUCAGAUCUAUUUGAUGGUGAUUUACCAAAAGAAGGAGGUGGAGGUGGUAGCAGCAGUGGUGGCAAUGGAGAAGGGGGCUCAAUUUCAAACAAGGGUGGAGAUGGUGAGGCUUCUCAGGGAGCAAUAGCUGGGAUUGUAAGUGCUGUGGCUGCUACUGCGAUUGGAGCAGUAUCUAGUUUCAUUGCUUACCAGAAGAAGAAACUCUGUUUCAAACAAAGCGCAGAUGAAGAGAAUGUGAAUAUGGACAGCCAUAGAGGAGCGCAAUCUGAGCCACCUGUUCAGCGCACACUUCUGGAGAACUAAGAGAAAUGAUGGUGACCAUUGAAACUGGAUAGAGAGCCUGCAUUUUGCCUGGGGGGAAAAAAAAAGAGAAGAAAAAAAAAAAAAGAAAGAAACAAAAAACUACAAUGUAAACAGUAGAGACUGAAAUUGUGUGAGAAAACAGUCCAUGGUGUUUGAAACAUUUUUGAGAGUGUGACUUAAACCUGAGUACUUCUAUAUGGUUAGUCCUAUGAAGCAGUGUUGCACACCAAUACAUGGCCUUAAUGACAGGAGAUGUUCUUUCCUUUACUCCUAUGACAAAUGGGUGUGCCUCAAGUGCAUUCAGUAUGUUUAACUUUUUCUUACCUCUUACAAAAAAAUAAGAAGUUUAUGUUUUGUUAUGCCAUUGCUAUUAGGCAGUUCAGACUUUUUUUUUUUU